AUGUGUCCAUUAAGACAAUUUAAAAAAAUUUCAAACACAAUUAAUCGUACAAUUGAAAAGAAAAAUAUUUCAUGGGAUAGAUUCUAUGAUUUAGAUGCAAAUGAAAUUGGUGAAUUUCUUCGUGCACCAAAAAUUGGACAAAUAAUUUAUAAGUAUAUACAUUAUAUACCUAAAUUAGAAUUAACUGUACAUAUUUUACCAAUAACUCGAUCAAUGCUUAAAGUUGAAUUAACAAUAACACCUGAUUUUCAAUGGAAUGAAACAAUUCAUAGAACAAGCGAACCGUUUUGGAUUUUUGUCGAAGAUGGUGAUGCAGAAGUUUUACUUCAUCAUGAAUAUUUUCUUCUUAAAAAAAAAUAUUGUAAAGAUGAAUAUUAUGUAAAAUUUUUCGUUCCAAUUUAUGAAACAUUAUCACCACAAUAUUUCAUUCGUGUUGUAUCCGAUCGAUGGUUAUCAUCCGAAACUCAAAUAGCAGUAUCAUUUCGUCAUUUAAUCUUACCAGAAAAACAACCAGCACCAACGGAAUUACUCGAUAUACAACCAUUAUCUGUUAAUACAUUAAAUAAUUCAAAAUAUGAAGAAUUAUACAAUUUUAAAGUUUUUAAUUGUAUUCAAACACAAGUUUUUAAUACAUUAUAUCAUACUGAUGAAAAUGUAUUUUUGGGUGCAUCAAAUGGCUCUGGUAAAACAAUAUGUGCUGAACUUGCUAUUUUAAGAUUAUUUUCUGAUGAAAAAUUAAAAGAAAUAUCUGAACCUAAAUGCGUUUAUAUAACACCAAAAGAAGAAUUAGCUGAAAUUAUCCGAAAAGAUUGGGAUAAACGUUUUGGAAUAAUUGAUCGAAAAGUUGUUAUGCUUUCUGGUGAAAUAUCGAUCGAUCUUAAAUUAAUUGCAAAAGGUCAUAUUAUUAUUUCAACACCAGAAAAAUGGGAUAAUUUAUCACGUCGAUGGAAACAACGAAAACAUGUUCAAAAUAUCCACUUAUUUAUAGUCGAUGAUCUACAUUUUAUCAGUUCAGAUAAUGGAGCUGUUCUUGAAAUAAUUUGUUCUCGUAUACGUUACAUAAGUUCUCAACUCGAAAAAAAAAUUCGUAUAAUUGCAUUGUCAACAUCAAUAUUCAAUGCUAAAGAUAUUGCACAAUGGCUUGGUUGUUCUACAAAUGCAACCUUCAAUUUUCGACCAAAUAUUCGACCUAUUCAACUAGAUUUACACAUUCAAGGUUUUAAUAUAACACAUAAUGCAUCACGUUUAAUUGCAAUGACAAAACCAGCCUAUCAAGCAAUUGUUCGUCAUUCAUCAACAUAUCCAACAAUAAUUUUUGUUGCAUCAAAAGAUUUAUCACAAUCAACAGCUAUUGAUAUCUUAACAUUAGCUACUAUUGACCAAAAACAAAAUCAAUUUUUACAUAUUUCAACAAAUGACAUUCAAUUAUAUAUAGAACAAAUUGAAGAUCAAAUAUUAAAACAAACUAUUUUACAUGGUAUUGCGUUUUUACAUGAAGGUUUAAAUACUAAAGAUUGUUCUCUAGUUCAACAAUUAUUUACUUGUGGUGCUAUACAAAUUUGUAUUAUAUCAUAUAGAAUGUUGUAUACAUUAAAUAUUUAUUCAUAUUUGGUAAUUAUCAUGGAUACACAAUAUUAUUAUGGUAAACAACAUAUAUAUGAUGAUUAUUCAAUAAAUGAUAUUUUACAAAUGAUAAGUCGAUCGAAUAUUUCAUUAAAAGAAAAUAAAACAAAAGUUAUAUUAAUGUGUUUAUCAACUAAAAAAGAUUUUUAUAAAAAAUUUCUUUAUGAAUCAAUACCAAUUGAAUCUCAUCUUGAUUAUUAUUUACAUGAUUGUUUUAAUGCUGAAAUUGUUACAAAAACAAUUGAAAAUAAACAAGAUGCUAUUGAUUAUUUAACAUGGACAUUACUUUAUAGACGUAUGACAUUAAAUCCAAAUUAUUAUAAUUUACAAAAUGUUUCACAUCAACAUUUAUCUGAUCAUUUAUCGGAAUUAGUUGAAAAUACAUUACAGAAUCUUGAACAAUCAAAGUGUAUUACAAUUGAAAAUGAAGUAGAUUUGUCAUCAUUGAAUCUUGGAAUGAUAGCAGCUUAUUAUUAUAUUAAUUAUCGAACAAUUGAAUUAUUUAACAAAUCAUUAACAUCAAAUAUUAAGUUUCAUACGUUGGCUGAUAUUAUUUCUAAUGCUGCUGAAUACGAAGAUAUUCCGAUUCGUCGUAAUGAAGAGAAUAUCUUAAAACAGCUUUCGACACAUUUACCAAAUAAAUUAACUAAUGUAAAAUUCAAUGAUCCACAUGUAAAAACUAAUCUUUUACUUCAAGCAUAUUUGUCACGUAUUAAAUUGUCAUCUGAACUUCAAAAAGACACCGAUGAAAUUUUAAUCAAAGCUAUUCGUUUGAUUCAAGCAUGUGUUGACGUUUUAAGUUCUAAUGGUUGGUCAUCAUCAGCAUUAAUAGCUAUGAAUUUAAUACAAAUGGUAACACAAGCUAUGUGGAAUAAAGAUUCUUAUUUAAAACAAAUACCACAUUUUACAAAUGAAAUUAUUCAACGAUGUAUUGAUAAGAAAAUUGAAAAUAUUUAUGACUUAAUUGAAAUGCAAGAUAAUCAACGCAUGGAAUUACUUCAAUUAAAUACAUUAGAAUUAUCUGAUGUUGCUCAUUUUUGUAAUCAUUAUCCAAAUAUUGAACUAUCAUAUGAAAUUCCUAAUAAAGAUAAUAUAAUAACUGGUAGUUUAAUUAAUGUGAAUGUAACAUUAGAACGUCUUAAUGAACUGUCUGGAUCAAUUAUUGCGCCAUUAUUUCCACAAAAACGUCAAGAAGGAUGGUGGUUAGUUAUUGAAGAUUCAAAAACAAAUACUUUAUUAUCAAUAAAACGUUUAACAAUACAAGAUAAAACUGAAAUUGUUUUAGAUUUUAUUGCACCAUCAAUGGGUAUAUAUGAUUACAUACUUUAUCUGAUGUCUGAUUGUUAUAUGGGCUGUGAUCAUGAAUAUAAAUUUUCCAUUACUAUUUGA